AUGUGUCCCUCCGCGCAGCCUCGCACCUUAGCGAGGCUCGCCGUGAUUUUCCUGCUCUCCCUGAGGCCGGAGCGGGGCUCUGGGUGCCCCUCUCCCUGCUCCUGUUCUGGGGGGCUCGUGGACUGCAGUCGACUGAAAAGGAGCCGAAUUCCAGACGUGGUCCCGGAGUGGACGGUCCGACUGAACUUGAGCCAUAACAAAUUGCAGGAGCUUGAUAGGAAUCUGCUUUCCAAACUACAAAAUCUAAGUGAACUAAACCUGAAUUACAACGAAAUGAAGGAAAUACCAGAUUUGGGUUCCUACGCUUCAAACAUCACAACACUCUUUCUAGCAAACAACAGGAUCACCAGGAUUUCUGAGGAGCGGCUCGGACCCUUCCUCGCCCUCCAAACGCUGGACCUCAGCAACAACAAAAUCACGGAAAUCAAAGCCAGCUCCUUCCCUGCCCUGCCUCUCAAGAACAUGUUCCUCAACAACAAUCGUAUCUCCUCACUGGAAAGCCGUUGCUUCAGCAGCCUGUCCAGCACCCUGCAGGUGCUUCAGCUCAACCGGAACCGCAUCUCCACCAUCCAGACCAAGAACUUGGAGCUGCCUAACCUCCAGCACCUAGAUUUGAGUAGAAACCGGAUUCGCUGGUUGGAGGGUUUGACGUUUCAAGACAUGGUCGCCCUUCGCUCCCUGAAGAUACAGAGAAACGGCCUCAGACACUUGUUGGACGGAGCUUUCUUUGGCCUCCGCAACAUGGAAGUCCUGGAGGUGGACUACAACAACCUGACGGAGGUGAAUAAGGGUUGGCUGUACGGCCUCGAGUCUCUGCAGCAGCUCCACCUUGGACACAACUCUAUCAGCAGGAUCCAGCCUGACACCUGGGAAUGCUGCCAGAAACUGAACAAACUCAACUUGUCCUCAAACCAUCUGUCCAGGCUUGAAGAAUCCAGCUUUGUUGGUUUAGGCUUACUGGGUGAGCUCCUUAUUGGAAACAACCGUGUGAGCUUUAUCGCAGACGGGGCUUUUCGUGGCCUCUUCAACCUGCAGAUGCUAGACCUCCAGAAUAAUGAAAUCUCAUGGACCAUCGAAGACAUGAACGGACCUUUCUCUGCGCUGGACAAGAUGAAAACGCUGUUCCUGCAGGGGAACCAGAUCCGCUCGGUGACCAAAAAGUCUUUCUCGGGCCUGGACACGCUGCAGCACCUAGAUCUGAGCAACAACGCCAUCAUGUCCAUCCAAGGCAACGCCUUCUCUCAGAUGCAGAACCUCGACGAGCUGCUUCUGAACACCUCCAGCCUCCUGUGUGACUGCCAGCUGAAGUGGCUUCCCAUCUGGGUGGCAGAGCAAACCUUCCUGCCCUGCGUCAAUGCCAGCUGCGCCCACCCGCAGAUGCUGAAGGGCAGGAGUGUGUUUUCUGUCAACCAGGAGGAGUUUGUGUGCGAUGACUUCCCUAAGCCUCAGAUCACAGUGCAGCCAGAGACCCAGUCAACCCUCAAAGGCUCCAACGUGACAUUCGUGUGCUCUGCUGCGAGCUCCAGUGACUCACCCAUGACUUUUGCCUGGAAGAAAGACAACGAGGUCCUGAAUGACGCAGAGAUCCACAAUCAGGCCCAUCUACGGGUGCAAGAAGGUGCAGGAAUUGAGACGGAGGUGACGGAGUACACAACUACGCUGCAGCUGCGAAACGUGGACUUCUCCAGUGAGGGGAAGUACCAGUGUGUGAUCUCCAACCACUUUGGGUCGUCCUAUUCCACUAAGGCCAGGCUCACAGUUCACAUACUCCCCUCCUUUACGAAGAUGCCAAUGGACUUAAGUAUCCGGGCCGGAGCAAUGGCUCGGCUGGAAUGUGCUGCUGUCGGUCACCCUUCUCCUCAAAUUGCAUGGCAGAAAGACGGAGGCACCGACUUUCCUGCUGCCCGUGAACGUCGCAUGCACGUCAUGCCAGAAGAUGAUGUCUUUUUCAUCGUAGAUGUCAAAACGGAAGACAUCGGUGUUUACAGCUGCACGGCUCAGAACAUAGCAGGAGCCAUUUCUGCCAAUGCCACACUAACUGUUCUUGAAACGCCUCAUUUCUUGCGCCCCCUCAUGGACUGUACUGUGGCCAAGGGUGAGACUGCAGUCCUCCAGUGCAUCGCAGGCGGUAGCCCUCCACCAAGACUGAACUGGACCAAAGACGACAGCCCACUGGUGGUGACCGAACGCCACUUCUUCGCUGCUGCCAAUCAGCUCCUCAUCAUUGUUGAUGCUGCAGAUGCAGAUGCAGGAAAGUACACCUGCGAGAUGUCCAACGUGCUGGGCACGGAGAGGGGCAAUAUUCAUCUUGGUGUUCUACCAAAUCCCAACUGUGACUCUGGAGUGCAAGGGGGUAUAGGGAUCGGAAAAGUGAUAGGACAAGGAUCGGAAGAUGACGAGUGGACCACAGUGGGGAUUGUCAUCAUAGCUGUGGUGUGCUGUGUAGUUGGAACAUCUCUGGUCUGGGUGGUUAUCAUCUACCACACCCGUCGGCGGAACGAAGACUGCAGCGUCACCAACACAGAUGAAACCAACCUGCCUGCAGAUAUUCCCAGCUAUCUGUCCUCUCAGGGCACCCUGGCUGACCGACAGGACGCCUACAUCCCAUCUGAGAGCGGCAGCAGCCAUCAGUACAUGGCGUCGUCCAUUAGUGGUUUCUACCUGCAGCCUAAAGACAUGAAUGGUCUUUGUCAGCUGGAUACAGGAAGCGAAGCAGACAUGGAAGUAGCUAUUGAUCCUUUGCUCUGCCAUUAUCAAGACCCAGUUGGCUCACUGAUGUGCCGAGAUAACUUCUAUCCCAGCGAGCCCUCUGAAGUCUUUUCAGGUUGUUCUUUCGAUCAAAUUCCAGUUGGUAUGGACUACUACAGUGGCAGCUUGACCAACUCCAAAAGGAAGGAUUUCUUGUUGCCUGAUUACUUUGACCUCUGCCCUUCCACCGUUCUGAUGCAGCUUCCCAACCCUAGUAAGCAUCAAGAUGCCUCGCACCAGCAGAGUGACUGCAAUCCACCCUUUGAGAACGGAGACGUGGUCUCCUACGGGAGACCUCAUGAGAACGUCUCUCCUUGCAACACCUUCAUGGGAACAUUUGGGAAAGCUCCUUGGAGACCCCACAGGGAUUUUUACAGCAGCCUUAACCCCCCGUCAGUCACGUAUAAUGGAAUAACUCUGCACGAGAAUUCGUACGUUGAUUCAAACCACGAGGAAAACUUGAACGAGGACUCGUCUUCAGAGCAGAGUAACGGCGUCAGAGAACACCCCUUCGAGAGCUGUAGGACUGAUCCUUUCUCACAGCGCCGAAUGAGCACUUAGCUGAGUGACUCUGUUCUCAGCUUUUAUGAAGAGGACAACAAAAUAAUUUAAAUUUCUACCUCAGUGAAUGGACAACUUUUGCAAUAAAGGACUUCUGUAAAGUGCAGCGAGUGAAUGUAAAGGACAAUUUGAUGUCACAGCAGAAAAUGUUCUUUUGCUGAUAAAGAUUCAGUUAAAUAGCAAAUGAGUUUAUACAUUUUUUAUAAAGUAUAUUAUAUUUUGUAAAUCGUUUAUAAACAGAUAUGAUUGUUGCUUAUUUUUUGUAUGAUUGUUUCUGCAGCAUAUUCAUUUAUUUCAGCUUUGAAUAAAGCAACGUUUUGCACAUAUAUAAACAAUAAAAAUCAUAAAUAUGUGCUGCUACAUUCGCUUACAGA